UUAAUUGUCAAAAAGAUGCUUAAAACUGACAAUUCAAAUGUGCAGAUUGCACUGCGAAUAAGGUCGUUAUCGGCCGAAGAUUUGGUAUCGGUGCCCCCAAAAUUACAAAAGAACAUCCUAUCUACUACCCCCUUCGCUCCAAAUCAAGUUGUCGUUCAGGGUGAUAAGAAGAAAACUUUUUCCUUUGAUAGUGUGUUCCCUCCAGAAGUCACUCAGAAGGAAGUGUACGAUCGUUCUGUAAUGAAUUUAAUCAACAAGUUCAUUGAAGGGUAUAACGUGACAAUUGUGGCAUAUGGUCAUUCAUCCUCGGGAAAAUCUCAUACUCUAGGGAUCUCGAAUGGACUCUCUAAUACGCGUGAAUCGAAAGGAAUAAUUCCACGAGCAAUGUCCACUCUGAUUUCGUAUAUCAACUCCGCGCAAUAUAAAAAAAGAAAAUAUGUGAUGCGCGUUUCGUUCGUGGAAAUACACGGCGAGAAGAUCGUUGACCUCCUCGGAGAGGAUGAUGAUAAAGUUAAACCCCAAAUCGUAAUUCGAGAUGAUUCCAAUGGACAGAUACUUUGGAGUGAUCUUCAAGAGAUUAAAGUAAAUAGCCUACAGGAAGCAAUUGGAACUUUAUCACGUGGAAUGUUAAAUCGUAAAGUCAGUUUAUCAAAGACGAACGGACGUUCCCCGCAUAGGCACACAAUCUUUACAGUCACAUUAUCUCAGCAGAAAUUCAUUCCGAUAGACGGAGAUCUCUCAAAUUUACGCAACCUCUCUCCAAAUAUAACGUUGAGCGCGCCGAACAGACAGGCCACCGGUGCCUUGGAGACAAGUAAAAUGUAUGAAGGCAAUUGGGUUACUGUAACAUGCAAAUUAAAUUUUGUGGAUUUGUCAUGGAGAGACAUGGACGUAGACAUCCCCAAAUCCAUGAUCCUUCCAAUAGAUCAUAUGAUCCGUGGUCUAGGUAUGCCCAAAGCAGCAGAUACGCUUCAACUCACCGAUAAUGACCACAAUUUCCCGUCAAUAUUGAAAGAAUAUCUUGGCGGAAAUGCUAGUGUAUUAGUAAUUUCAUGUGUUUCGCCAGCAGCUUUUCAGGUUAAUGAGACCAUCGAAACCUUGGAAUUGACAUCACAAGCGUAUAAUAACAAGUAUUUAAUUUCGAUACAUCAAGAAGUUGGUUGGCAAAAUGUAGAACAUUUACAAGAUCUCGUGUUGAAACUCAAAUCUGAAGUAGAUACGUUAAAAGAGAACGAGGAUACAAAUAAGGACGCUGAAGUAAAACCAAGUUCGCCUAUAACUGAAAAACAGAGGCGCCGAUCUUCUAUACUGGCCAGCAUUUUAUCAAACGAUUCGACUUCUUUGCCAAAUGAGAAAGGCCUCAUAACAAUCAGCGAGAAGAAUAUCUUGCAAGAUGCUAAACCUACCAACGAAGAUCCCGAAGAUCUCACGACCUAUCUGCAAAAAGGGCUUGGUCCAGUGAUCAAAGAGUACGAAAAGUCCUUGUCGGCCCUUGAGAAUCAACUUUCGCACACCCGCGCCGCCCUAGCUCAUUCCGAGAAUACCGUGCGCUUACAAGAGGAUAAGUUACAGGAAGCAGAAAAGAUCAACAACCAAAACAAACAUGUUAUAGAUGAUUUCAAAAACAAGAUUUCCAAACUCAAAGAGCGAGAGGAUACCACUGAAAGUUACAUAAAGGACCUUGAAACUAAACUCGAAUCUGAAAGAGAAUUACACAAGAUGAAAGGUCAAGAGUCAACCAAUAAAUCCAACGAUACUUCGGGAAGAGUAAAAUCGAGUGAUAGUACCAAUAGUAUAAGUCAAGCCAAUUCUAUUGAUAAAAAACUGGAACAGAAUGAGAAUAAAGUUGCGAGUAUGAGUAAAUCUCUAAAAGAACUUCGAAAGCAAUUAGAAGAAAAGGAUCACGAGUAUCGAAAGUUGGAAAAGAAAUUUGAAGUGCAAAGGAAUAACGACGCAAAAGAAAAGAAGGGUCUGGUCGAAGAAAUCGAGAUGCGUGACGCUAUCAUUUCCGAAUUGGAGAAUAAGGUCGAAAAUCUGGCCAAAGAAUCCCAACCAGGAACAAAACCUUCAUCAACUUCUGAAGAUAAAUCGAAAUCUAAGGAUCGUGAUGUUGCUACGAAUGCCGAACUUUUACAGACCAUCGAAGAAUUACGCAGAAAACUUGCCAAGUCCGAGGAAGAUAACAUACAGAAUCAGUCGCUAAUUGAUACUUUGGAGUUCACCCUCAGUGAAAGUGAGGAAAACUUAAACAAACAAUUGGUCGCACUUCGAAAUCGUGAAGACGAACUGGUCAAACAAAUCAAAAGUCUGAAAUCACAG